AGCUAGUAUUUUCAUCAAACAAAGGUUAGGCGGAAAAUAAAGGUGGACUCACCUUGGGAGUUGCAACAAGGAAAAUAAAGGUGGACUCACCUUGGGAGUUGCAACAAUCAAACAACCUCUCUUUCUCUCUCAACAAAACUUUAGAGUUCGCAGGUAUAUAAAUUGGUUUGAUCAAGAUUUUUUUUUGUUGAUCUUAGAUUGAGAAAUCAUGGCGGCUAUAAUAUCCGAGGAAACUACUAGCGUUUGUACUCACUGUGAUAGAGCUAUCCCUUCUGUGAAUAUCGAUUUGCAUUAUGCUCACUGCUCUCGGAAUCUUGAAAAAUGUAAAGUUUGUGGUGAUAUGAUCCCAACGAAGCAUGCCGAGGAACAUUAUCUUAGUAUCCAUGCUCCUGUUGCUUGUUCACUGUGCAGUGAAACAAUGGAGCGUGAAAUUUUGGAUGUUCAUAAGGGUGAAAACUGCCCACAAAGGAUUGUAACAUGUGAAUACUGCGAAUUUCCUUUGCCUGCCAUUGAUCUAUAUGAACAUCAGGAUGUAUGUGGGAAUCGGACAGAACAUUGCUAUCGCUGUGCCAGGUAUGUCAGGCUACGUGAUCGAUACGUCCACGAUACAACCUGCAAUGGUGUUGCUGAGGCUACUGUGAGCUCUUCUAGGGAAUCUAGGCCUGUUCCAGUACCACGGCCUCGAAGAAGAGACCCGCCUCCACCAGCAGCAUUCCCAAAAAGGCACCUGUUGAUUACAAUCGCGAUUACCGGGAUUGCGUUUAUUUUAGGAUCCUUUAUCUACCAGAAGAAAUCAGAGAGCGGUUCAGGACACUAGGGGAAUACACAAGACACACCAAAUACCAUUACAAGUAGCACUUUCUGUAUGUUGAGGCUCUGUAUUGUGUAGAAUUGAAAGUAGUGAUCGAGAAUUUGAGAUCAGAUUUGACUGAUGAUUUGAGGCCUUCAAUAUCUAGUUGAGCAAUUCGGUAGCAGUAAAUAUAUAUUUUACAUGAUGAAACUUUAAUCUCGAUAUAUUAGAAUAUCUCAUCUGUAUUGUUCAUCUGGUUGUGAUCCCGUGUCGUUUGCGCCUUGGUGCGUAAUAUGUAAUAUGUAACGCAGGCUCAGCUGCUGUGGUUAAAAAUAUGUUAAUUACAAGCCAAUUCUUCUCAA